AUGUGUACUGGUCAAGAGAGGCACUUAUCCCUGUCUCUUCGAUUAUGUGCACUGCAGUUCCUGCUGACUAUCCUAAGAAGAUUCUUAAGAGUAUUCAGAGGAAAGGAUUGGUACUUGGUGCACUUGUCACUGACUGUGACAGAUGUGAAUGACAACGUACCCCAGUGGGCCAUGGAGCCGUUUCCCUAUUUGGCUGUGGUGUCCCCUGAAGCUGUGGGUGGUACUGAAGUGUACAAGCUGUUUGCUGUGGAUGCAGAUGAAGGGAUCCAUGGAACUGUAGAAUAUUUUCUCUUGGAAGGUGGUGAAGACAGAUUUGAAGUUGAGAAGGACACUGGCUGGAUUAAAACGACAGGUUUGCCAUUGGUGAGGGAUAAGGAGUAUUUACUGACUGUACUAGCAGCAGAUAAACUUGGAAGCAGAGGGUCUCCUGCCUCUGUUUCUGUAAUUGCUGGAUUUCGACCGCCGCAGUUCACCAACACAUCAUACUUUGUUCAUGUUCCUGAGAGUACGCCACAAGGAAAAGUCUUUCUUACAGUCACUGCUAUAUCAUACCAGAAGAAAUCCCUGAGCUACAGUUUAUUAACUAAUCCUAGUGGUCUGUUCAGUAUUGAUCCGGCAACAGGCGAUAUCUGUUUAACUCAGGGUGUGGAUUAUGAGAGUGACCAACACCGGUAUCUUCUUUUGGUCAGAGCAGAGGAAAAUGAGGAAGAGCUCAGUAGUGCAGCUGAGGUUUUGGUCAUUAUCACAGAUGUGAAUGAUUGUGCCCCUGAAUUUCAUCAGUCAAUUUACAGCAAAGUUGGUGUACCUGAAACAGUCACUAAGACAACUGCACUUCUACAAGUGACAGCCACUGACUGCGAUUCAAAAGAGAAUGCCGAAAUACUGUAUUACACUUUGAGUCAAGACUUCAGUAUUACUUCUUAUGGUACUAUUUUUCCAGCAACACGCUUAGACUAUGAGCGACCUGACCAUCUUUAUGAGUUCAUAAUUAUGGCUGUAGAUAAAGGGGAAGAGCCGAGGACUGGGACAGCAACUGUUAGGAUCCAUGUUUCAAAUGUCAAUGAUGAAGCACCUAGGUUUUCCCAGACAACCUACAGGAGUUUUGUUUCUGAAGAUGCAGGCCCGAACACGCUGAUUGCUACAGUUAAUGCUGUUGACCCUGAUGGGGACGGGGUGACAUACGGUAUUCUGUCUGGGAAUCAGAAUGGAAACUUUGUUAUUGACCCUAAGAAAGGGCUAGUUAGACUUCGCUCAAGUCCAUUUCCUAAGCUGCAGGGCACAGAAUAUGUACUUAAUGUCACAGCUACUGACGAUAACGCCUCUGGAGGGCCCCAUUCUCUUACAAGUACUGCCCAGGUUGUUGUGAAAAUUGAUGAUGUCAACAAUAACAAACCUGUCUUUCAGAAGUGCCAGUAUUAUCGGGAACAUGCUUCUGUAUUGGAAAACCAGCCUUCAGGGACAGUUGUACUGCAGGUUGAAGCCACUGAUGCUGAUGAAGGAGCCAAUGGUAUAGUGAAAUAUGGCUUGAUGCACAGAGGAAGUGUCCUACCAGCAUUUAAUAUUCAUCCCGACACAGGAGUUCUGACAACUGCUCAGGUAUUUGAUCGAGAAAAACAGAGGGAAUAUCCUAUCACUGUGACAGCAACAGAUCAGGCAGCGGAACCGCUCAUUGGAAUAUGUCAGAUAAAUAUUAUCAUCCUGGACCAAAAUGACAAUGAUCCCAGAUUUGAAAACACCCAUUAUGAAUAUUUCCUGAGAGAGGACACAAGAGUUGGGACCAGCUUUCUUCAUGUUGCAGCCCAUGAUGAUGACUACAGCUCAAAUGCUGCCAUUUUGUAUUCGAUAGCAAAUGAAGAACCAAAUUAUUUACAAAUUGAUCCUACUACAGGCUGGGUGUUUGUGAACCAACCCAUAUCUCAGAGGUCAUCUAUAAUUCGAGAGAUUAUUGCUACAGAUGGAGGUAAUAGGAGCAGUAAAGUUGAACUUGUGGUAACUAUUACCAGUGCAAAAAACCAGCCUCCACAGUGGGAAAGAGACAGCUAUGAAGUUGUUAUUCCAGAGAAUACUACACGAGAUACAUCAGUUUUGAAAAUCAAAGCAGCUUCUCCCCUUGGUGAUCCCCGUUUGACUUAUAACCUAGAAGAGGGACUUGUUCCAGAAACCAACAUGCCAGUUCGUUUCUACUUGACUCCAAACAGACAUGAUGGUUCUGCAUCAAUCCUGGUAGCUGAGCCAUUAGAUUAUGAAACAACAAAGAACUUUCUGCUGAGAGUUCGAGCACAGAAUGUUGCUGCAGUUCCUCUGGCAGCAUUCACUACAGUCUAUAUUAAUUUAACAGAUGUCAAUGACAAUGUCCCAUUCUUCACUUCAUCUAUUUAUGACGCCUCAGUAACAGAGGGAGCUGAUAUUGGGACAUUCAUCAUUCAGGUCUCUGCCACUGACCUUGACCUUGGUCAGAAUGGUGAGGUAACUUACUCCCUGCUACAUGACAGUGGCAGAGACUACACAUAUUUUCACUUGGACUCACAGACAGGCUCAAUAUACACUGCCUCAGUGUUUGAUAGAGAGAAGAAGGGGUCCUAUCUUCUAGAAGUCAAGUCAAUAGAUGGCUCUGAAUCAGCUCGACCUGGAAGACAUGGGAAGCCAAACUCUGACACAACCUACGUGCGCAUUUUUAUCACUGAUGUGAAUGAUAACAAACCUGUCUUCACUCAAAGUGUCUAUGAAGUAAAUGUGGAUGAAGACCAAGAUGUGGGCUCAACUAUCAUUACAGUCAGUGCUAAUGAUGAAGAUGAAGGAACAAAUGCUAAAUUACGGUAUCAGAUCACAGCUGGAAACCCAGGAGCAGUUCUUGAUGUAGAACCAGAAACAGGAGCCAUUUUUAUUGCCCAGCCACUGGAUUAUGAAGAAACAAAAAUGUAUGAGAUUCACUUGUUGGCCUCUGAUGGGAAAUGGGAAGAUUAUGCAGUUAUCAUCAUCAAUGUAAUGAAUAAAAAUGAUGAGACUCCAGUUUUCUCUAUCAAUGAAUACUACGGAAGUAUAAUUGAGGAACUGGCUGUGUUACCAGUCUUUGUACUUCAGGUUAUGGCAAAUGAUCCUGAUAGUAAUGUGGAUGAAGGAGAUUUGAGAUACUCAUUGCAUGGACACGGUGCAGCUGAUAUUUUCACAAUAGAUGAGAGAACGGGCAGCAUUUACUCACACAAGAUGCUGGAUCGCGAAGAGAGAGCACUGUGGAGAUUUGUGGUAUUGGCUACUGAUGAAGGUGGAGAAGGACUUACAGGAUUUGCUGAUGUAAUUAUUAACGUGUGGGAUAUAAAUGACAAUGCCCCCAUAUUCACAUGCAUGCCUGAUGAUUGCAAUGGGACUGUCUUUGAAAAUUCUCCUGCAAACACAUUAGUCAUGGAAAUGAACGCAGUUGAUCGUGAUGAUCCUAAUGUAGGUCUUAAUGCUGUCCUGACUUACAGGAUAACAGAGAAUGUAAAAAAUGAGUUUGGUACUGACAUGUUUAACAUCAAUCCCAGUACUGGUACAAUCCAUGUAGCAAGGGGAAUGCUGGACAGAGAAAGGACUGAAAAAUAUUUUCUUACUGUUGAAGCAAGAGAUGGAGGAGGGCUAACAGGAACUGGCACGGCCACUAUCUGGAUUGCAGAUGUCAAUGAUCAUGUACCAAAAUUCACAAAAAAGGUGUGGCAAGCAAUAAUUGCUGAAAACAGUCCUGUCGACUCAGAAGUUCUGCAAGUGUGUGCUAUGGAUCCAGAUGUUGGGGAAAAUGCUGACUUAAUAUUCAGUAUCAUCGGGGGAGACCCCGAUCAGAAGUUUUAUAUUGGGAAUGAUGAAGAAUGGCAAUGUGCCACUAUUCGACUGAAAAAAAAAUUGGAUUUUGAGAAUGCACAUGAAAGACAGUUUAAUCUUACUGUUACAGUGGAAGAUCUCGAUUUUUCUAGUAUUGCAGUGUGUUUGAUUGAAGUUGAAGACUCUAAUGACCACAGCCCAGUUUUCCUUUCUCAGUUUAUUCAGGCAAGCCCUGUCUUUGAAAAUGUGCCUGUAGGUACUACAGUAUCCACAGUGAGAGCUACAGACAAGGAUUCAGGUUUGAAUGGGAACAUUAUGUAUUCUAUAAAGUCAGAUUCAGAUCCUUUGAGAUGGUUUGUGGUUGACCAAUAUGGUCAUGUCAUUGUGGCAAAUACACUAGAUCGUGAAGUCAUUCAAAAGUACAACAUAAUUGUAGAAGCUUCAGAUCAAGGGACACCUGCCCACACUGGAAGUGUCACAGUUUUGAUUAACUUGCUUGACGUUAAUGACAACGGACCGAGGUUUGAGGCACCAUACAUGCCUGUAGUUUGGGAAAAUAUACAGAGGCCUGAAAUAGUGUAUAUGAACCAUACAUCAAAACUGCUUCAUGCAUCUGAUCCGGACAGUGAGGAAAAUGGGCCACCUUUUACAUUUUCAUUGCCACCAGAUUAUCAGGAUUCUUUGGAUUUUUCUCUUACUGACAACAGAAAUAACACAGCAACCGUAACUGCUUUGAGGUCCUUUGACAGAGAAAAGCAGAAGGUGUUUCAUCUGCCAAUAGUUAUAACAGAUGGUGGGAUUCCAGCUAUGAGCUCUACAAACACCCUAACUAUAACAAUUGGUGAUGAAAAUGACAACUGCCAUGAAUCUGGACAUAAGGAAGUCUAUGUGUACAGUUACAAAG